CACGGAUUCAAUUAGCUUAACAUUUUAUCAACUGAACUUGAAACAGACGAAAGGAUGGCUUUACCAUGUGGAGAAGUUAACCGACAGUUGUUUCCCGUCAAACUGAUGUACUUCUUCUUUUUUGCGGGACAGGGUGCCAUUCUUCCCUUCAUCCCGGUAUACAUGCGCCAACUGGGACUGUCCGCGACAGAGACGGGUAUCAUCUACGGGGUCAUGCCCUUCGUCGCCUUCUUCGUGCGGCCCCUUAUUGGGGUUCUUUCUGACAAGAUACAGAACCAUAAGGCUGUGCUUAUCGUAUGUGUGUUACUAACUGGAGUAUUGUAUAAUCUUCUACUUUUGACGCCAACAAAGCAAACGCACGACAAUUCUGCCCAUGCAAUAACGGUCCAUAUGCAGUGUUCACAUGAUGAUUCUUUUAUCAGGGAUUGCAUGGUCGCUCAUGGUGGUUGUGAGAUUGGUUUUAAACAAGCUCUAGAUGCCAAUAAUUUUACUGAAAUUUCGAAAACAUGUGUGUUUCAGUGUUCUGUAGAAAGAGACUCGAUAAAGGCAGGCAGCACGUGCUUUACAGCCGAUGUUGGGACGUUGAGUGGCGUAACUUGUGGAAGUGUUGUGAAUAUAGCGAUUUCCCCUGUAAAAAAUCUUAUUGCCGCUAUAGCAUACGAUAUUCUCGGUGAAAAGCGCGGUUCGUGGGGUCGUCAACGCCUCUGGGGGACUGUUGGCUACAUCAUCUUUGCCGUCGCUUCAACGUUUGUUAUGGACGCUAUCAGCCAAAACACCAACAACGUUGACUAUUCAGUUUCAUUCUACAUUUUCCUGGCCCUAUUAAUAAGUUCGUGCGUAGUCGGAUACUUUUUAAAGCUAUCGGAAAACAUCCACUGUGGACAAUUAUUCAAAAACAUCCUAGGGUUGUUAAAAUAUCCCAAAGUCGUUGUGUUCCUGAUAGCUAUGGCAUGUUACGGUAUCAUGAACGGUGUUAUCGAAGCGUUUCUAUUCUGGUAUCUCAUAAUGUUAGGCGCUUCUCAAAAAAUCCUAGGACUCUGCUUAGUAUUCCAAUGUGUGCCGGAAAUAAUCAUGCUGCAAUUCGCCGGCAAAAUAAUCAAGCGUAUCGGUCACAUGUCUUGUCUGCACAUCGCCUGUUUUGGCUACGCCAUCCGUUUCUUCUGUUACUCCAUCAUCCCGGGACCGUGGUACGUACUUCCGGUUGAGCUACUACACUGCCUGACGUUUGCACUCAUGUACGCCGCCGCCUCCUCCUUCGCCAGCGAGAUCUCACCGGAAGGGAUGUCCGCCACCGCACAGGGACUCGUCGGCGGGCUAUACUUCGGAUUCGGCAAGGGUAUCGGAAGUUUGGUGACGGGGCAGUUGUUUGACGCCGGAACGGGCCUUGGGCCGGUGUUGACAUUCCGGAUUUAUGGGGGUUUUGCCAUCACUGUCCUGCUGGUGUACGUCCAUUUAGCCUUCUUCCGGGUCGCCACUUCCGUCAAGGAGACUGCGUCAUACAGACAGGCUGGAAAAGAGAAGAGUGCUAAAGGCGCAGCGGAGAAGCUAUUAUGCGCAGGGGACGGAGCAGCCGUAGAGAUGCAUGAUCGGACUAAGCCCUGCUGA